GCUAUGGAUGCUUUCCCGGGCUUCUUGGGCAUGCUCGAAAAGCUGAGCCAUUCAUUAUUGUAUGUGUUUCUCUCUCCAUUUUAGAAACCUGCUGCUAAUCAGGUCAUCCAAUUGCACCCCUCCAAAAAAGAAACAAGUUGGAAAAAACAAAAUCAAAUCGAUGUUUUCCUGGCAGUAGUCUGCCAUAGUUUGUCUGCAAAUGAUUGGAAGGGAAACUGUUGAGAAUAUAUAUUAAGUAGAGAGAGAGAGAGAAAUUAAGAUGCAAGCAUACAGCAGUGAAGAACAAGAAGAUGGAGAGACUGUUGAAUCUAUGGAAGGUGAGCAAGCAGAAAGUGUUAGUGAGAAGGAGAGCGCCUGCGUUGUUAGUAAUGGGGCAGCAACAGAGGCAGCAGCAGCAGCUCCUGCAAAGAAGAAGCAAGUUUCAGGUGUUCCUCACAUUCUGUUGUGAUUGCAUACAUCGAUUUAUUAGUAAAAGAGGCGACAAAGAUAAAGAUCUUGAGGAUCCUUGUCUGAAUUUGACGUUGCUUCCAUUUUUUGGUCUAGAAAUGGACAUGAUGAAGGAGAGGUUUGCCAAGCUGCUCCUCGGCGAGGACAUGUCCGGCGGCGGCAAGGGCGUCUCCUCCGCGCUCGCCUUGUCCAACGCCCUCACCAAUCUCGCCGCAUCUGUUUUUGGAGAACAAUGUAAGCUAGAACCCAUGUCUGAAGACAGGAAGGCAAGGUGGGUGAGAGAAGUAGGAUGGCUCGUCUCUGUCACUGAUUACAUUGUCGAAUUCGUUGCUUCUGAGCAGAAAGGAAAAGAUGGAACUAACAUGGAGAUAAUGGUGACGCAGCAAAGGAAAGACCUCUUAAUGAACAUCCCAGCCUUGCGCAAGCUUGACACCAUGCUCCUUGACACUCUGGAUAACUUCAAGAACGAGCAAGAAUACUGGUAUGUCUCAAAAGAUGCUGAGGAGUCUGAGAAAGGGUUUCAGAGAGGAGAUAAAUGGUGGCUGCCUACCAUCAAGGUUCCCCCAAAGGGCCUCUCCGAAGAUUCCAGAAUCUUCUUGCAGAAGCAGAAGGAAUCCGUCGUUCAAGUCCUCAAGGCAUCCAUGGCUAUCAAUGCUCAGAUUUUAUCAGACAUGGAUGUCCCUGAAUCCUACAUGGAAACCCUUCCAAAGAAUGGGAAAUCAAGCCUAGGUGAUUCAAUCUACAAAAGCAUAACUGAUGAGGUGUUUGAUCCUCAACAGUUCCUCUCAACCUUAGACUUGUCAUCUGAGCUCAAAGUGGUUGAUAUCAAGAAUAGAAUUGAGGCAUCUAUUGUAAUAUGGAAGAGGAAAAUGAAUCACAAGGAUGCCAAGGCUUCAUGGGGUUUCACAGUGAGCACAGAGAAGAGAGAGCUGUUUGAGGAGAGAUUAGAGACAAUCCUGCUCCUAUUGAAGCAUCAGUUUCCUGGUCUUCCUCAAUCUUCACUUGACAUAACCAAAAUCCAGUACAACAAAGAUGUAGGGCUAGCGAUCCUCGAGAGCUAUUCAAGAGUGCUGGAGACGUUGGCCAACACGGUUAUGUCACGUAUAGAGGAUGUUCUCUAUGCUGAUUCCAUGGCUCAAGAGUCUGCCACGGGGACGGCACCAACAGAGAGCAACAUCCCGGGCACAGGAGACGAGCCGGCUGAGAAGAUGAGUUGUGCUGCAAACACACCCACUUCAAGGACACUCUUGGAUUUCAUGGGGUGGGGAGUUGAGCCUAAUGAGGCACAAGUGAAAUAAGAAAAUUUGUUGUUAUGAGGUUUGGGGAAGGAAUGACAAGUGUAUUUUGUAGUUCAUCUUUAUUUGCAUGAGGUGAAGCUGAUGAUAACAGGAUAAGGAGAUGUCGAUUACUUGGAAAAAUGGUUUAUGUACACAAGAUUGUUGUAUAAAUGUUUGAUAUUGUACAUAGGGUGAUGUUCUUUUUCUUUUUUCUUUUUUUUGGGACGGAGAUAAGUUGAAGUUAUAGAAAUAGAGAGCUGUGUGAGGGAAAACCAAGGCUGAUUAGGAUGAUUAUGAACUUCUCUGGAGGACUGUGUCAUGACUACAAAUAGAUACCACUUACGUGAUGAAAUACAUAUUUUUGGCAUCAA